CAGGAUCAGGAUCAGGGGGAGGGAGAAGCCCCUUGGGCCGAGAGUUACGGAAACCUUCGAGGAAGCGUGGCCCUUUCGCCACAGUCCAGUUGUUCGUGAUGCCCAGCGCAAGCCGCCAGAGUCAGGAGAAGCCGCGGGAGAUCAUGGAAGCGGCGGAAGAUUAUGCUAAAGAAAGAUAUGGAAUAUCUUCAAUGAUACAGUCACAAGAGAAACCAGAUCGAAUUUUGGUUCGGGUUAAAGAUUUGACAGUACAAAAAGCUGAUGAGAUAGUUUGGGUUCGUGCUAGAAUUCAUACAAGCAGAGCUAAAGGGAAGCAGUGUUUCUUAGUACUACGUCAACAGCAGUUUAAUGUCCAGGCUCUUGUGGCUGUGGGAGACCAUGCAAGCAAGCAGAUGGUAAAAUUUGCUGCCAACAUCAACAAAGAAAGCAUCGUCGAUGUAGAAGGUGUUGUAAGGAAAGUGAAUCAGAAAAUUGGAAGCUGUUCACAGCAAGAUGUUGAGCUUCAUGUUCAAAGGAUCUAUGUGAUCAGUUUGGCUGAACCUCGCCUACCCUUACAGUUGGAUGAUGCAAUUCGACCCGAAGUAGAGGGAGAAGAGGAAGGAAGAGCUACUGUUAAUCAAGAUACAAGACUAGAUAACAGAGUCAUUGAUCUUAGGACAUCAACUAGUCAGGCAAUCUUCCGUCUCCAAUCUGGUAUCUGCCACCUCUUCCGUGAAACUCUAAUUCACAAAGGAUUUGUAGAAAUCCAAACCCCCAAAAUCAUUUCAGCUGCCAGUGAAGGAGGAGCCAAUGUAUUUACUGUAUCAUAUUUUAAAAGUAAUGCGUACCUGGCUCAGUCCCCACAGCUAUAUAAACAGAUGUGUAUUUGUGCUGAUUUUGAAAAGGUUUUCUGCAUUGGACCAGUAUUCAGAGCUGAAGACUCUAAUACACAUAGGCAUUUGACUGAAUUUGUCGGUUUGGACAUUGAAAUGGCUUUUAAUUACCAUUACCAUGAAGUAAUAGAUGAAAUUGCUGAUACAUUGGUACAAAUAUUUAAAGGACUUCAAGAAAGGUUUCAAACUGAAAUUCAGACAGUAAACAAACAGUUCCCGUGUGAGCCUUUCAAAUUUUUGGAGCCAACUUUGAGACUAGAAUAUCGCGAGGCUUUAGCUUUGCUCAGAGAAGCUGGAGUGGAAAUGGGAGAUGAAGAAGAUUUGAGUACGCCAAAUGAGAAACUCUUGGGUCGUCUGGUAAAAGAAAAGUAUGAUACUGAUUUUUAUAUUCUUGACAAAUAUCCUUUGGCUGUAAGACCUUUCUAUACUAUGCCUGACCCAAGAAACCCUAAACAAUCCAACUCUUAUGAUAUGUUCAUGAGAGGGGAAGAGAUCCUAUCUGGAGCUCAAAGAAUUCAUGAUCCUCAACUGCUAACAGAGAGGGCUGUACAUCAUGGAAUUGACCUAGAGAAAAUAAAAGCUUACAUUGAUUCCUUCCGUUUUGGAGCCCCUCCUCAUGCGGGUGGUGGCAUUGGGUUGGAGCGAGUUACUAUGCUAUACCUGGGAUUACACAAUGUUCGUCAGACAUCCAUGUUCCCCCGUGAUCCCAAAAGAUUAACACCUUAGGGGAAACUGCCUUUUAUUUUGUCCAGUAACCUGCUCUUGAUCAGGCUGUUUCUUGAGUGCUCAAAAUAUGCAAUAGAAUAAAUGUCUUAUCUUCUAAAGUGCCA